UAUCAAUAAAUGCAUGCGUGAAAAAGGACGACGGGACGCUGAGAUGGGAAAAGCAGGAUGGAAAAUCUCACAAUUGUGCUAUUGAUGGUGUUCAGAGAGGGGUAGUUGGGGUGCAGGCAGGGUUCUGUUCUGUAACUGUAUGGGUGUCUCUCUCUGGAGCCAGGCAAAACGGUUGACAGCAACUUUUACGUAAAUACAGAAACUUUUCCCCAACACACAGUGUGUGUGCACAAAUUAUCGCCAAAGAGCAAAGUUUUUUCCCCAAAAAAAAAAAAAAGAAAUUUUGGGAAGCUUUGUAUAGUGAGUCUGAGUGGUUUUGGGAAGAAGAAAAAGGUGGUUUAGUGAUUUUUUUGGAAUUUUUUCUUCUUCUCCCACGAUCCGGAGAAAAUUCCAUCUCAGAGUUUUUUUUCUUCUUCCUUGCACUUCCGCAUCUUGUUGGAAUUUUUAGUCGGUUUGAUGUGGGUGAGGUGAAAGAAUAUUUGGUGGAAAAUUGCUAGCUUUUCUGAAUUAUGUGCGAUGCCCAAGUCACAUGAGUCCUCGUCCGAGUUUGAGUUCAGCAAUGAAAACCAACAGCCCAACACAACGCCACAUAAUCGAAAUGUACCACUUGGUGUGAAUAGCAAGAAGUUUCGCCAUCAGAAUUUCAGCAAGAAUAUUUACAUUGGAACAAGAAAUGCUGAACGAUGGGAUACUUUUCGGUCGACAUUGGCAUUCAAGAAUGAUGUGGAAUUUGUCUCUUAUCUGCUAAAAUUAGCCGAGAAUGACCUGGCCAAUGGCAAUGGUCGUCACAGCAUCAAAGGUAAUUUCGCGGGUCUGUCCCUGGACCAGAGUCAGACAUCUUCCAGCGAUAAGAUUGUAAAAGGUGUCAGUGAGAGUUCAGAGAGUAUCUACAGUGCCGCUACGGCAGCAUCCAUUGUGCCGAAGAAGGUGAAGAAAGUCCAGUUUCAGGACAAUCUCAAUGGGAUCAUCCGCAGUUGUGAUCCUCUGCCCGCUUUUAGUGGGGUUCACAGCAAGGAUCCCCUAUCGGACUUUCGGAAUCCUCUCGAAGACAGCACAUCUGAGGUUCUGGAUUGUCGUAUAGCUGAAAAGAUAAAAACUGAAUUGUGCGAGAUGAAGACCAAAGAGAAAGAAAUGUCCCUUGUGGCCAAACUACCCUUCCCCGUUGAUCCUACUGAUCCCAAGGAUCAAGAAAGCGAAUUCUAUGAUGAAGAAGAAGAGGAAGAUGAUGAAGAAGAACCACCUCUAGAUCUCCCUGAAGAUACUGGUGAAGCUCUCUGCUUAACGGCUAUUAAGCGCAGGGAUCUCGUGGAUUCCACUUCAUCAGCUUCUCUACCUCCUGCACCACUCAAAGGCACAAAAAAGAAAACUGUUAAAUUCCUUUCUGGUGACACACUGGACUUGAAGAAGCCACGAGGCCGGCCAAAACUGCUGAAGCAUGACGUGAGGAAAGCACCUCAAGAUGGGCGACACCUACCCAGCAUCAUGGGGCCCCUUGAUCUCAACAACGACGAAGAAAAUGAGGCUGAACUUGAGCCUCAGUUCCCACAGAGUGAAGAUGAAGAGACCACGGGACCUUUCGAUGAAGUAACAGGACUCCCAAGGAGUGCAAUUUGCUGCUUCUGCGAUGCUCCGCACACUUCUGAAGAAUGUCCCAUGCGCAAUGCUGAGCUCCAAAUCGUAGAUUCCGUUGAACGGGGCAUCUGGUUGGAGCAGAAUCAGGAAGUGGCUGAAGAAUAUGCAAAGCAGCAUGUGAUUAUGAUCAAGACAGAGGAACGCGAAGAAUUGAUUGAGGACGAUGAGAUUGGAGAGAGUAACUCAGGCAGCAGUUUAAUGGAUGAUGUCCUGCCACCUAUUACAGCAUUCCAGGAUAAUCUACCAACAUUCGCUGAUGCUUCCCUUCCGCGCCAAUUUGAAUUCCGGCAUGUCAACGACCUCCAAUGCGUCUUCACAAUCAGUUCUAUCCCAAAGUACACGAAACUGGGACCCUUAAUUGGCAAGAUCAUCCCAGCAACGGACAUUGGGGAUGACAAUCAGAUGCAGUACAUUAUUGAGACAUGUGACAAUGGCAAGUCUGAAUUCAUAUCCCUCGAGAAUAAGAACGAAUCCAAUUGGAUGCGAUAUAUAAGACCAGCUGCUUCCCGGGAAUCCAGGAAUCUCUCCCUGGUUUGCAUUGACAAAAUGGUCUUUUUCGUGUCAAUCAUGGACAUUCCCGAGGGCUGUGAACUACUCUACUGGAGUGAUACCAUCAACUCAGCUUGGGCCAGGAAGAAGAUUGAGAAAAUGAGUUGUGGGGGAUGCAACUUAAAGUUCGAACACCCACUUUACUAUCGCACCCACUGCUCUGUAUUUCAUGACCCUGCAUUUAGCUUGACCAUUAGGAAGUACCAUUGCAAGGUCUGCAGUAUCGCAGUUCUUGGGAAAGAGAACAUCAUGAAACACGCUGCCCAAAUGCAUGAUGGAAAGGGAGCUUACCAAUGCCAGUUUUGCAAAAAGUUCUUCCUGAGGUUAAAUUACUUAGAAAUGCAUCGAACUUACGGAUGCAGUGCCAAUCCUCAGCGGGCUCGUCCUCUUUGCGAUUUCUGCGGCAGAAAGUUCUGCCAGCCUCAGAAGUUGAAAGUUCAUAUCAAGAGGAUGCAUAGUGAUAUGGCUGAUGUUUUACGAGAUUUCCAGUGUAAGCUCUGUUCCAAACUACUGGGAUCCAGGGCAGCCUUGCAGAGGCACUCCAAGGAAGUACAUAGCCGCAAUUCGGCUGUGGUCAGUUGCCCAAGAUGCCAAAAGCUCUUUCAAAACAGGAGCAACUUAAAGAUUCAUAUGCUGACGCACUCAGGAGUUCGUCCAUUUAAGUGUUCUGAGAAUGAGUGCAAUGCAGCAUUCACAACGAAACAAUGCCUUCAAUUUCACUAUAAGAAAGUGCAUGGGUACUCACAGGAACAGAUGCCAAAGAUUGAAAGAAGUAUUGCUUAUACCUUCGAUGCAUAUUCGGGUGGAAUGAAAGUAGAUUUUAUGGUAGAGCAAACUCCAAGGAGACGAAGGAAGAGCCUAGAGGAAGGCAGUGCUCAGGGGAACUUCCCUGAGAAGAGGAAGUAUAAUCGACGGGUUGUCGAUGAAGAUCUCUUGAAUACCAGUGGAUCGGUACAUAAAACUUCAAUUUCUGACUUAUGCAAGAACGAAACCAAUUUAUCCCUUCUAUCAUCGAAGAUAUCUUCAUUGCUUAACCAUGAGCUUAACCAAGUGAAAUUUAGACGACGCAACAGCAUCUCAACGGAUAACUUCAAUCCAGAGGAUCUUCAUAAGAACGAUGAGACUCAUAUGGAUAACAUUAGUGAUCUGAAAGUGAAACUUACAGAAGCAGACAACAAGUCUAGGGAUUCCUUGGAUGAUUCCCAGGAUAAUCAACACACUGCUCAGUUGAACUUAGUGGAGUCUUUCCUGUCCAGUUCAACUGGGGAACAAUCCAAUCCACUACAAGCUAUGCAGUCUCAGUUAGAUGAACAACAGCAACAGCAGGAAGAUGACGACAGACAGAGUACAUUCAGUGCUCCAUCGAGGCAUAAGGACUUUGCUGCUCCGAUGAAUUCUAGCUUGAUCCCAAGCAAAGGCAGCAAGAAAUGGAUGAAUGAUCAACAGAAUCAAUCCACCGAAGGAAGUUUGAUGGCAGUAAAUCGUGACUUUAUCACGCGUCUCAUGAUGAAUGGAACGAAUGUUAACAGUUCAGCAACGGGGGAUGAUGAGGAUAGCUCAACAAUUCUCGAUGUUGUGGACAAUCAUCCACAGAAUGCUUCUCAGUACGAUUUGCAACAGAUGCAUUUGCCGAGCUUGCCAAUGACUUCACACAUUCAUCAUCAACCAUUCAUCAGUUCAUUCUACAAUGGAGGGGCUCAGAGUAGUGCAGCUGCUACGACUUCCGGACAGGGAGGAAGUGGGGCAACUGUUAGAUCAGCAUCUGCUACAGGCAACUCAACUUCAGCCAGUUUACUGGUUGAAGCAGCUCUGAACUCCGUCAGUAACAUUAUAGAUUCUGGAGAUCGGGAGAGUUGUGAACUAGCCAAGAACCCUAAUGCCAACAGUUCACGGUUAGAGGAGGAGCAUGAGUUGAACAGUCAUAUGGAUGUUGACAUUGACUCCAUUCCGAAUGAACAUCACUCAAUAGAUGGUGGAAAUGAGAGUGGUGGCGCUCUGGCUCUGGCUGAGUCCGCUUACCAUCAUCACAACAACAUGAGCCCAUUGGACAACGAAGUUAAGCUGAUGAAGAGUUUGAACAACUUUCAGAUGUCGAAUAUGCAGCAGUUUUCUGCUCCGUCGACAUCUGCCACGAAUCAGAUCAUCAUGGCUGACUCCCCUAGCGUAGCCAAUAGCGGAGCAGAUCUUAUGCACGACAACGAUAUCGAUGUAGAUACUGCAUCUACUCCGAGAACCAUGGAUCGGACGGAAUCCAAUGGGUUCCGGAACUACCAUCAUCCAUCAACUCCUUCUCCACGAGACAUAUCACCUGGGCAGGAUUACAGAGCAACUGCAGCUAUGUAUGCUGCUGCUGGGAAUACAAAUCACGUUCCAUCUCCCCAAGCUCUCUCGAGGAGGAACUACCAAUCAGAGCAGAACGCUAUGAUGUCCCCAACAGCUUCGCCCCCAAUUCCCAGAUAUGGUUUCACAGAUGGCAUGUGCCGCAAGCGUGAACAUGAUCCAUCGGCGAGUAUGAUUGAAGCGCAGACUAUGGACAGGAGGGAGAACCCCCAUAUGGGGGCAGGUAGUGGGGGUCAGUUGUCGAGUGAUGAAGACAGCAUUGUCAUCGCGCAGAAUCUAAGUGUGAACAACAACAACAACGAAGACCUUAAAAUGAAGAUGAAUCCGUCGAUGGACUUACUGUAUGCCAAGUACGAACAACAGGUCAAUGCUGGACAAGAUCUUGCUGAUCUUCGGAUGAAGUACAAUACCAAUGAAUCGACGCUGGAUGUAUCUGACUUCAGAGGUGCAGGGGCAAAUAGUGGAAGUGAAUCAAUGUCUGAGAUCCAGGGUUUGGAUAUGUCUUCAAGACCUGGGCUAUCAGGGUAUUCUCAUCACAAUUUCCAAAUAUCCUCAGCCGGUGCUAAUCUCAGCCUCAAUCGCUACCACCAUCACAUCUAUGAUAUACUCUCGGAAAGAGAGCAACAGCAACAGUCAGAUCAUCAUCAGUUGCAGCUACAGCAGCAGAUGAUGUUGCAAGAUCAGAUGGCAGGAGCCGAAGCUGAAUCAGAUCAAACGACAUCUGUUGAUUUAAGUCGCACAACGAGCUAUGUUGUGACAUCUCCACCUGCUCUGCCCUACUCUCAUCCCCAUUCUGAUAUGCUGAGAAUGGUUUCUUUAGAGCUGAAUUCAAACAGCUCAUCUGGGAUGAUUGUGGGCAACAACUCUCACCAUGGACGAUCUUUCCUUCCAUCUCAAAUCCAACACAACAGUCGCGAUAGUUUGUCUGCUGUUGAGCACCAUCGACUUUUGUCCACAGCUGAACAGCAUCGUCUCUUGGCGUCCAAUACAGCCGCUGCAGCAGAACAACUUUCGAAUCCUGCUGCAUCUCUAGCGUCCAAUCACCGACUUAUCGUCGAUCCGGCCACACAUUUGCUCAUGGAGCCCAACAAUCGGCUGUUGUCGUCGGAAAACAACCGACUCCUGGACCAGACAUCGCGAAUCCUGGCUGAUUCAUCUUCUGUGAACCGGCAUAUGGUGCCAUCGAGGGACUUUGGUGCAUAUCAAGUCACUUCCAACAACUACCAUCACCUUGUGAGGCAAAAUCUGGCUGGAUCAUCGCCAAAUCAGCCACCUUCCAACUAUCAUCCCUUCCCAGCGUAUUACUAAAAACCCCUUAAAACCUUGUCCCUUCCCCUAAACCAAUCCCUCUAAAUCCCUCAAACCCUAAUCUUUCAAGAAAUAAAUGUUGAUUGGCCGUUAUUUUUGUUACACUAGCCAUUAAUUACCAUUUUUAAAUAUUUGAUUAAUUCGUCUCCGUGAACUUCUUGAAAACAAAUCUUAGAAUAAUUUCCAUCAAUUGCAUUUUAAUCCCAUUUUAAACUCUUUAUCAAAGAAUGAGAAAAUGUAGGUUUUUCGAUGGAUUUAAUACAUAAAAAAAAUUCUUAUAUAUUUAAAAGAAAAAAAAUCUUGGUGGGAAAUAUUCAAAAUGUACAUAAUUCAUGUUCAUUAAUUAAUUUUAUAAUCAGUAUAAAAAAAAAUUAACGAUAUAUUUACACACAUACUGAAUAGUGUUUAUUGGAAUUUUUGUAUUGUAUGUGCCAAAAUUUACAGUGAAAAGAAAAAGAAAAUGAGAAAAAAAAAAACAAUUAUGAGAAUGAUGACCAAGAAUCCUCCAUGACAAGACUCUGUACCCUUCCUCCGCAUGAUUAGCUGAUAGUUACCUUUCCUGUGGGAAAAAGAAAUAGUCAGAGAGAGCAUGUAUUUUAUCUUUUAUUUAGUACAAAGUCAAAUCACACAAAAUCCGCAAGGCACAGAGAAUUUUUGAUUUUUUCUUUGACUAAUUUUGUGAAAACCAAUUCAUAACUUUUUAGCAGUAAAAGUGUAAAA